AUACAUAACAGUCAACUAACGGAAGGGCACGCACUCAACGCCGUCAACGGACGGUUUUCACUUCUCAGGGAGGGAAGACAAAGUACGAUUCCGAUCGAUGAACUCCCAAAGCUCGUCACGAGCUUUCAAAGUCCAAGAUUAACUGCGUCACGCGUGACGUCAUCAACCCCAGUGCUUCUAUAUAACAACACUGGUCCAUCUACUCAGAUCGCCACCUCGUAUCAAUGGCGAACCGAUCAGUGGAAACAGAGCACGACGCCGUUUCGAGGCGAAGUAACCAAGGAGGAAUGAUCUUAGAUCUAAUGUUCAAAAGGCCUCUGCGGUGGCUAAGAAUGCUCGUCGAAGAGCUUCACUGGAGCUUCUUCUUCGGCGUGAUCGUCGUCUACGGCGUUAGCCAAGGGCUCGGCAAAGGGCUCAGCAAAGUCAGCACGCAGUACUACUUCAAAGACGAGCAGAUGAUAAAGUGUUCUUAGCUUAAAGGUGUGCUUAGUAUGGUGUCUAUGAUGGUGUUAUCUCUGCAUAAGAAUCUGCAGCUUGGACUGGCGUUGUCCUGUCUUGUGGCGGGAAGUGCUGGAGUUGCUAUAGCUGAUGUGACUAUUGAUGCUUGUGUGACACAGCUUAGCAUAAGCCAUCCUACGCUCGCUGCAGAUAUGCAGAGUCUGUGUGGUAUGAGUUCUUCUAUUGGAUCCUUGGUUGGUUUCUCCCUUAGUGGCGUUUUGGUUCACUUGUUUGGGUCCAAGGGUGUGUAUGGUUUACUUGGUAUGACUGCAGGAUUGACUGUUGUGGUUGGGUUGAUUUUGAAAGAAUCUCCUUCUCGUAGUCCAGGUGGCAAGCAUGUGAAUGAGAAGUUUAUAGAUGCCGGAAGUGCAAUAUGGAAAACUUUUCAAUAUGGUGAGGUGUGGCGCCCAUGCUUGUUCAUGUUGUUGUCAGCUGCAGUGAGCUUGCACAUUCAUGAAGGCAUGUUCUAUUGGUACACUGAUUCUAAGGAUGGGCCUUCCUUCUCUAAGGAAGCAGUUGGAUCCAUUAUGUCUUUUGGUGCAAUAGGCUCUCUCGUGGGCAUACUGCUUUAUCAGAACUUUCUGAAGAACUUCCCUUUCCGGAAUGUAGUCUUCUGGGCACUUUCCUUAUCAGUCCUGUCAGGAUUUCUCGACUUGAUCCUGGUCCUGCGCAUAAAUCUGAAGCUCGGUGUUCCUGAUUACUUCUUCAUUGUGGUAGAUGAGUUUGUUUCUCACAUGAUCAGUAGAAUCAAGUGGCUACCCUUACUUGUUCUCAGCUCCAAGCUCUGCCCUGCUGGUAUGGAGGGCACUUUCUUUGCUUUGCUCAUGUCUAUUGAACAUUUAGGACAUCUGUUGUCCUCAUGGGGUGGAGGAGUGUUGCUACACGCCUUGAAAGUUACACGUACUCAGUUUGAUAAUCUUUGGUUGGUUAUUGUGAUCAGGAGUUUGUUGAGAGUAAUUCCAAUUGGUUUGGUCUUUUUGAUACCUAACGUUGAUCCCAGCUCAACUAUUCUUCCUGCUGAUAUGUUGAUGAACCGAAGAAGUGAAGAUGUGGUUGAAACUGACAAGAUAGAGAUGACUGCUCUGUUAACUAAUGAAGCUUGAUCCAGAUUCUUAGACAAACCUGUCAAGUGGAUUCUCUUAGAUGUAUUUGUUUGUUCAUUGUAUGUUCAUCUGUUUUAGAUAAUUUUUUUAUAAGAGGAUUGUUUCUUACA